GCCCCCCGUGCGCUAGCCCCGCCCCUCUCGGGUUCCCAGCCAACUUGGACUUGAAUGAGGUGCGCGCCGCAGACGGCUGGAAAGUAGUACUGACCGUCUGGGAAUAACACCGGGAAUAACACCGGGAAUACUGGAGGACGGAGGCCAGACAGCGGAGCGGGGGUGGGGGGACGGAGGCUAAAGGAAAGCCGCUCCACAGCUGCCUGGAAGAAAGAAGCGUUGCCGAGAAAAGAGGAGAAGCCUGCGUCAAUGUUCGUCCGUUUUCCGCGUGAGAUUUCUCCGAUGUUCAGCUUCAUGGGUCUGAUGAACGGAACCAGCGACACCCACACCAAUGUCUCCUGUACGUGUAACUGCAAGAGAUCCACUUCAUUCCAGAGCAUGGCGAUCACCCAGCUGGAGUUUGUUCAGAUUCUGGUGAUCGUGGUGGUGAUGAUGAUGAUGGUGGUGGUGAUCACGUGUCUGCUGAAUCACUACAGACUGUCUGCGCGGUCUCUCAUCUCUCGCCACGGACGAGCGCACAGACGACACCUGCCCCUGCCAUCGGAGGGCAGUCUGUGGUGCUCUGAUGGUCCCGGCUCUUCUAGUGCCAUGAGUGAGCAGGUUUACGCUCCUCGACCGCCGGAUCGGGUGCGUCUGUCGCGCUUCCAACCCACGUUCCCGUAUCUCUCUCACACCAUCAUCGACCUCCCCCCCACCAUCGCUCUGUCAGACGGAGAGGAGCCUCCGCCAUACCAGGGCCCCUGUUCCCUUCAGCUGCGGGACCCGGAGCAACAGCUGGAGCUCAACCGCGAGUCGGUCCGAGCGCCGCCCAACCGCACUGUGUUCGACGGUCCGCUCAUCAGCACCGAGGGCGCUCCUCCAGCCUACAGCGAGGUCAUCGGACACUACUACCACCCCACAUCAGUGCCGCGGCACGCACAGACCCAGUCCACACCGCCGCUGGUGCAGGGCUUGAUCCACAUCAGCCACACGGACAGCAGAAACACACGCAACAAAGACAAACCCAAAGCCCAGCUCGUCUAACGCCAGCGAGAACUUCCUGCUGCACAACAAGAUGCGGCUUCUCUUCCUCUUCCGUUGUUGCUUUCUCACUCAGACUUUCUGUUAAUAUUUACGUGUUAUUAUUUGUCCUCAAUGCACUUAGGCUGAUGAUGCAUGGGCCAACUUUUUGAGCAGUCAACGGCAACCAGGUGAGACACAGGACCCAAGUAUCCAGAUAGAAACGUGUUACCUAUUUUCAGUGGGAAAGUGCCCAAGCAACACUGCUCAAAAAAGUUGCCCGGCAAAAUUGCUCAAAAAGUUCAUCAUCAGCCUUCGUCUCUCUCUGUACUCUGACAACAAACAAAACCCGCUUCCUUUCAGCCCAUUUCCCCGAGCGAUGGAGAACACUCGGUCUUCCUUUUAGAAACACCAAUCGGAGUCUUGUGAUUCUUCAUCGCAGCAUUUCUGUAAAAUGUGCAUGACUUCCUCAUGAGAGUCUUGCACAACAUCCGAUGCAUCAGACUGUUCCUGCAGCAUACGCCGCUUCAGCGUUAAUAUACGUGUGUGUAUAUAGGCUACUAUAUAAAUAUAUAUAUACAUGGAAAACUGAAAAAAA